AAAAUAGGUCGAGAGCCCGUUCUAACCGGGGUUCCCAGCUAGCUCCACCCAUAGCUAGUUCCCCCAAUCUAGUUCGUUCGUUAAUAAAUAUUACCAAAAUUAACGGAUAUUUUAACCUUAACACAGGUAGACAAGAUGGUAAUUCGACUGAACUUAUGCAUGUUGUGACGUAAUUUAACAUAGUCGAAAAUCAUUGUCACAUCAAGCCUAAAAUGGUGUUAACCACUUCACAGCAUAGUUUAAUAAUUAAGCAUUUAAAGAGAUUAUAAAUGGUUCAGUCAAGAUCAAGGCUUCCACAAAACUAUGGAAGAUUCCUCUCGAUAUAAUAACUUUCCGAUUAUUUAAAAAUGAUAUUGUUAGUAAUUGCAAAGUUUUUAAUCUUAAUCUCUUUGUGUGAAACGAUGACUAUGAAACAGAUUAAAAAUACUGGAAAGAUGAUGAGAAAAUCAUGUCAACCUAAAAAUAAUGUCGAUGACGAAAAGAUAAACCCCAUCAAUGAUGGAGUUUUCAUAGAAGAAAAUGAAGUAAAGUGCUACAUUGCUUGUAUAAUGAAAAUGGCAAAUACGAUGAAGAAUGGAAAAUUAAAUUUUGAGGCUGCCAUGAAACAAGCCGAUCUGUUAUUGCCAGACGAAAUGAAAGAGCCAACAAAAGAAGCUAUAGUAGCAUGUCGAAAAGUCGCGGAUUCCUACAAAGACGUUUGCGAUGCAUCAUUUCACGUGACCAAAUGUAUCUACAACCAUAAUCCUAGUGUAUUUUUCUUUCCAUAAUUUUAGAAUAUUAAUGUUAUAUGUUCUUCGCAUUAAAAACGUAAUAAAGAUUAAAAUUUG